AGCAUUUGGCACCUACACAGGAAAAAGUUUAAAGCCUACACAAACAUGGGAAAGAUCAUCUUUUACGAGGAUAAGAACUUCGGCGGCCGUUAUCAUGAAUGCAUGAGUGACUGUGCUGACCUGCAUUCCUACUUCAAUCGCUGUCACUCCAUCAGAGUGGAAAGCGGUUGCUUCAUGGUCUACGACCGAACCAAUUUCAUGGGAUGCCAGUACUUUCUGAGAAGGGGCGAGUACCCUGAUUACAUGAGUACGAUGGGAAUGAAUGAUUGUAUCAGAUCCUGUCGUAUGAUCCCAGUGCAUCGUGGGCCCUUCAGAAUGAGGCUCUAUGAGCGCCAGGACAUGGGUGGCAAGAUGAUGGAGCUUGAGGACGAUUGCCCCGACCUCAUGGACUGCUUCAACAUGUCCGACUUCCAUUCCUGCCAUGUGAUGGAUGGUCACUGGCUUGUUUAUGAGCAGCCCAACUACACAGGCAGGCAUUUCUACCUGAGGCCCGGCGAGUACAGGAAGUACAGUGACUGGGGCGGCAUGAGUUCGAGGAUGGGCUCCAUCAGACGAAUCAUGGAUCUCUAAUGAAAGGAUUCCUUGUGAAAUGUCUGCUGUAUGCCCUUUUUCACACACUAAAUAAAAUGGUGUCUGUG